AUGGUUCUCGACAAGUUCACCUACGUUUUCGCCAUCGGCACCUUCUUCGCACUCCUUGACGCCUACAACAACGGUGCCAACGAUGUUGCCAACGCCUGGGCGACCAGUGUAUCCUCCCGCUCCCUCUCCUACCGUCAAGCCAUGAUCUUUGGUACUAUCUUUGAGAUGCUCGGCGCCAUAACGGUCGGAGCGCGUACUGCUGACACCAUCAAGAACGGUAUCAUCCCCAACGGCGCCUUCCGCAACGACGCCGGUGUCCAGAUGCUCGCCUUCACUUGCGCCCUCGCUGGUGCCUCCACCUGGGUGAUGUGGUGCACGCGCCACUCUGCCCACGUCUCGUCCACCUACUCCCUCGUCUCGGCCGUCGCCGGUGUCGGUAUUGCCACUGCCGGCGCUGCCAACGUCCAGUGGGGCUGGAACGAUGGCAAGGGUCUCGGUGCCAUCUUUGCCGGUCUCGGUAUGGCCCCCGCCAUCGCCGCCGGUUUCGGUGCCGCCAUCUUCAUGCUCAUCAAGGUCGUCGUCCACAUGCGCGGCAACCCCGUCCCGUGGGCCGUCUGGACCUCCCCCUUCUUCUUCCUCAUCGCCGGUACCAUCUGCACCUUGUCCAUCGUUUACAAGGGUUCCCCCAACCUCGGUCUCAACAAGAAGCCCGCCGAGUUCGUCGUCGGUGUCGUCAUGGGCACUGGUGGCGGAGUCGCGCUCCUUUCGGCCCUCUUCUUCGUCCCCUACGUCCACGCGGUCGUCGUCAAGAAGGACCACACUCUCAAGUGGUACCAAUUCGUCUACGGUCCUAUGCUCUUCCUCCGUCCCGCACCAGAGGGCGCCGAGUUCGCCAAGGUCCCCAACUACGCCGUCAUCCAGCACGACGCCGACCUUGACGUCGAGGAGACCUCCCCCGCCGACAAGCACAACAACCUCCCUACCCUCCCCUCCUCUGCCAGCGGUUCCCAGCCCCGUCAGCGCAAGCCUCAGGCGCCCGCCGGUCUCUCCGCCCUCGACAACCCCCAGCUCAACUACCAGCAGCUCAUGGCUCAGGGCGAGGAGCGGUUCCACGCCAAGCUCCGCAAGAACAGGGGUCCUCUGGGAUGGGCAAUGCGCACCCUCCACGAGAACCCCAUGGGAGCCGGUGCCAUCUACGAGAUCAACAACAUUAAGAUCAUCUUCAAGCGUCUCCCCGCUCAGAUCGUCUGCAUGUUCACCUACGGUCUCUACUACGACAUCCACGCCGCCCAGUCCGGUGUCCACGGUACCCCGGAAGGCGACCGUAUGGAGCGGGUCUACGAGCACGCCCACAAGUACCCCAACGAGGUCGAGCACCUUUACUCCUUCGUCCAGAUCUUGACCGCCUGCACCGCCUCCUUUGCUCACGGUGCCAACGACAUCGGAAACUCAGUCGGCCCCUGGGCGGUCAUCUACGCCGCCUGGUCCACUGGAAGCGCCCAAGCUGCCAAAGCCGAGGUCCCCAUCUGGCAGCUCGCCGUCCUUUCUGCCACCAUCUCGCUCGGUCUCAUCACCUACGGUUACAACAUCAUGAAGGUCAUGGGCAACAAGAUCACCUACCACAGCCCAAGUCGCGGUUGCUCCAUGGAGAUGGGUGCCGCCAUCACCGUCCUUGUCUUCUCCCAGUACUCCCUCCCCGUCUCCACCUCCAUGUGCAUCACCGGUGCCACCGUCGGUGUCGGUCUUUGCAACGGCAGCUUGAAGGCUGUCAACUUCCACCGAGUCGGUCUUUUGAUGAUCUCGUGGAUUGCCACCAUCCCCAUCGCCGGUACCCUCGCUGGUGUUACCAUGGGUCUCUUCCUUAAUGCUCCUCACUUCCCGGGUCAAUAG